UGGGGGGCUGGUGUAGCGGGGACGCGAUUUCCAGCGUCGAGCGCUAUGACCCUCAAACCAAUGAGUGGCGGAUGGUGGCUUCCAUGAGCAAAAGGCGCUGUGGUGUUGGAGUCAGUGUUCUGGAUGACCUCCUCUAUGCCGUGGGAGGCCACGAUGGUUCCUCUUAUCUGAACAGUGUAGAAAGGUAUGAUCCAAAGACCAAUCAGUGGAGCAGCGAUGUGGCCCCAACCAGCACCUGCAGGACGAGUGUUGGAGUAGCGGUUCUUGGGGGCUACCUCUACGCUGUGGGUGGCCAGGAUGGUGUUUCUUGUCUCAACAUUGUGGAAAGGUAUGAUCCCAAAGAAAACAAAUGGACUCGAGUGGCUUCCAUGAGCACCAGGCGCCUGGGAGUUGCAGUGGCUGUGCUAGGGGGUUUCCUCUACGCUGUGGGAGGCUCUGAUGGGACUUCUCCUCUCAAUACUGUGGAACGUUACAAUCCCCAGGAGAACCGCUGGCACACGAUUGCGCCCAUGGGGACGAGGAGGAAGCACCUGGGCUGUGCGGUAUACCAAGACAUGAUAUACGCUGUGGGAGGCAGAGAUGAUACGACAGAGCUCAGCAGUGCCGAGAGAUACAACCCUCGAACCAACCAGUGGUCUCCUGUUGUGGCCAUGACAUCCCGCCGAAGCGGAGUUGGCCUGGCAGUGGUGAACGGACAGCUGAUGGCAGUGGGGGGUUUUGACGGCACAACGUACUUGAAGACCAUCGAGGUGUUUGAUCCCGAUGCCAACACAUGGAGGUUGUAUGGUGGGAUGAACUAUCGGCGGCUGGGAGGAGGAGUAGGCGUUAUCAAAAUGACACACUGUGAAUCCCAUAUAUGCUCUGCUCUGAACGGUCUAGAGCCAAUGUAA